GAUUGUGGGGGUUGCGACCCCGCCCCCCCACCCCCUUCACCCCCCCGCAGGCCGCGGACGAUGACCCCGCCGGGCCCGGCUGCGGUGAGACUGACCUUGGCGCUCUGCCUGCUGGCCGCGGCCCGCUCCCGCUCCGACCCCGGCUCCGGCCUCCUGGAGAAGACGGAGGAGGAGAAGAAGGAAGAGGAACGGGGGGACGACACGGCGGCGGUGACCACCGGAGAGGACGAGGGCGACCCCGAGGACUUGGAGGUGUUUUAUCCCACGCGCCAAUGGCAGCCCCUGCUCCCAGGCCAGGCCGUGCCCGCCGGCUCCCACGUGCGGCUCAACCUGCAGACGGGCGAGAGGGAAGCCAAACUCCAAGAUGAGGAACCCAGCCCGCAGCGGCCGAAGGAGCGGAGACAAGGCCUGAGGCUGGGGAAGAUGGACCUCGGGCCCGGGGCGUACACCUCCCAAGACCUGAAGCACGCUCUGGCAAGAUUUAAGGAGGGCUUGGAGCUGGAGACCCCCAAGGACCACCAGGCCAGGCGGGCCGAGGUGAGGCGGCGCUUCCGCCCCAUCGAGGAGCUCAAGCGGGAGUUCGAAGCCCUCAACCUGCACCUGGAGACGGACCUGCAGAUCAUGGUCCGCCUCAUCGACAAGUUCAACAGCUCCGGCGCCUCUCUGGGCGACAAAGUGGCCGCCCUGAAAGACCUGGAGUACUACGUCCACCAGGUGGACAACGCCCGGGACCUGCUGACCUUCGGGGGCCUGCAGCUGGUGAUGGGCGAGCUGAACAGCACGGAGCCCAUCCUGAAGGAGCACGCGGCCUUCGUGCUGGGGGCGGCCCUCUCCAGCAACCCCAAAGUCCAGGUGGAAGCUAUUGAGGGAGGCGCCCUGCAGAAGCUGCUGCUCCUCCUGGCCACGGAGCAGCCCCUGGCCGUGAAGAAAAAGGCCCUGUUUGCCCUGUCCUCUCUGCUGCGCCACUUCCCCCACGCCCAGCUGCGCUUCCUGAAGCUGGGCGGGCUGCAGGCCCUGCGGAAUCUGGCCCGCGACGAGGCCACCCACAUGCUGGCCGUCCGCGUGGUCACCCUGCUGCACGACCUGCUCGCCGAGAAGCUGUCGGCGGAGGAGGAGGCGGCGGCGGCCCAAGUCGGGGCCGAGGCCCAGGAGAAGGCGGCCCAGUACGCGCGGGUUCCCCUGGUGACGGGGCUGGUGGAGCAGGGCUGGUGCACGGUGGUCUCCGGCCUCCUGGGCCGGCAGCCGGACCACGACCCCCGCGAGAAGGUCCUCCGGGCCCUCGGCCUCCUCCUGGACUUCUGCCGGGACGCCUACCGCCACGACCACCAGCUGGGCGCCACGCUGGCCCGCCUGCAGGACGAGUACAGCCAGCUGGCCGCCCGGGAGAAAAGGCAGGACCGCCGGGACCGGGAGGAGCAGGAGGAGGAGGAGGAGGAGGAGGCCGGCUACUUCCAGGAGAUGCUGAGCACCAUCCGCCUACUCCUCCGCCGGCUGCACUGAGCUCGGGGGGCGGGGGCCCGGACGGCCACGCGCUCAUUAAAGCCAGGUGCCCGGCUGCUGA